CUUCUUCUUCUUCUUCUUCUUCGGCUCAGUGACGACGACGAUUCUUUUGACGGUCUUUUUCUCAAAGUAUUUUGGAUUGUCUUCCACGUUUUGAUCGAUCCUUUCCUCUCCACUCCUCCUCUUCUCUGUAGAUGUAAGUCUUCUCCAUUUUCGUCAUCCAAAUUUAAGUCUCUCGUUUCUGUUAUCAUCUCAAUUUCGUCGCAAUCAAUCUCAAUCGUGUUUCAGAUUCAUUGAAUCGACUGCAAAUUUUGUAAUUCAGGUUUAGAAAUUGAAUUUAGGACUUGAGAGAGCUUAGUGAUCUUCUACAACGAACUAAUCCAUUUGAAAAAUCUGAAUCAUUCAUGUUUUCUUUUGUCUUUUGUGAAAUGAUCUAUCAGAUUUUUCAUACAAUCACUGUGCAGAUUGGUAUGUAGCUGGUAUAUAUAUACUGUAUAUAGCUACACAAUUACUGCAAUAUGGCUUCACGAGCGCUUCUUCGAAGGAGAAGUUACGACGUAGUGAAAUCUCUAAGUGAACAUUUGCCUACGGUUCAAUGUUUUUCAAGUAUUGAGCGGCAAGGACAACGAGGAUACCGUGAUUUUAAAGAUGUGAAGAAGAAAGAGUCGAGCGUGUUAAUGGAGGGGUUCUAUAGAAGUAGAUUACUUCAGUCUCCAAGUUUUAGUAAUGGAGUUGGAAUAUUAGAAUUGCCUUAUCCUUUGGGAUAUAGAUUGGUUUUUCAAUCUAUGUACUCGUCUUUGGCAACGGCUAAUAAGCCUGACCAUGAUAAAAAGGGAGAAAAGGUUACCUCGCAAACUAAAGAAGCUUCUCCUGAGGAGUGUGAUGAGGCUGUUGAGGGGUUAAGUUUAGCUAAGGCUAAAGCUAAAGCUAUGAAAUUGGAAGAAUCACAGAAAUCUGAUAUAUCCAUUAUGCAACGUGUGCGGUUGUUUCUUCUGGGGAUAGGUCCUGCUUUGAGAGCUAUUGCAUCAAUGAGCAGGGAAGAUUGGGCUAAGAAGCUUCGUCACUGGAAAGAUGAAUUUAAGUCUACUCUGCAACAUUACUGGCUGGGGACAAAGUUGCUUUGGGCUGAUGUCAGGAUCAGUGUAAGGCUGCUUGUUAAACUUGCUAAUGGAAAAGGUCUAUCUAGGAGGGAACGACAACAACUCACUCGAACAACUGCCGACAUUUUUAGAUUAGUCCCGGUUGCAGUUUUCAUUAUUGUUCCAUUCAUGGAGUUUUUGCUACCGGUGUUUCUUAAGUUGUUCCCAAACAUGCUGCCGUCAACUUUCCAGGAUAAGAUGAAAGAAGAGGAGGCUCUAAAAAGAAGGUUGAAUGCAAGAAUGGAAUAUGCUAAGUUUCUCCAAGAUACUGUCAAAGAAAUGGCAAAGGAAGUCCAAACCUCUCGCAGUGGAGAGAUAAAGAAGACUGCAGAAGAUCUAGAUGGAUUUAUGACCAAGGUUAGAAGAGGAGUCGGUGUUUCGAAUGAUGAAAUUUUGGGCUUUGCAAAGCUCUUCAAUGAUGAGCUUACAUUGGAUAACAUUAACAGGUCCCGAUUGGUAAAUAUGUGCAAAUACAUGGGUAUUAGCCCAUUCGGAACUGAUGCAUAUUUACGUUAUAUGCUUCGGAAAAGAUUACAGGAGAUUAAAAAGGAUGAUAAGUUGAUCAAGGCUGAAGGUGUGGAGUCUCUCUCAGAAGCUGAACUUCGCCAAGCUUGCAGAGAGAGAGGAAUGCUUCAAUUGGGUUCAGUUGAAGAAAUGAGAGAGCAGCUAGUUGACUGGCUGGAUUUAUCUCUCAACCAUUCGGUACCAUCAUCCCUCUUAAUUCUUUCUAGAUCAUUCUCAAUGGCUGGGAAACUCAAGCCAGAAGAGGCUGUUCAAGCUACUCUCUCCUCUCUGCCAGAUGAGGUUGUGGACACAGUUGGGGUUACAGCUCUGUCAUCAGAGGAUUCUGUAUCAGAAAGGAAGAGGAAGUUAGAAUACCUAGAAAUGCAAGAAGAAUUAAUCAAGGAGGAGGAAGAAGAAGAAGAAGAGGAAAUGGCAAAGAUGAAAGAGUCUGCUUCAAGCCAAAAAGAUGUAGCUUUGGAUGAGAUGAUGGCAUCUACAGCUAAAGAUGCUAAUGAGCAAGCGAAAGCGAAAACUCUUGAGAAACAUGAGCAGCUUUGUGAGCUCAGCCGUGCAUUAGCUGUUUUGGCUUCCGCAUCUUCUGUUAGCAUGGAGCGUGAAGAGUUCCUGAAACUAGUUAAAAAAGAGGUAGAUCUAUACAACAGCAUGGUAGAGAAAGGUGGUACAGAUGAUGAGGAAGACGCUAGGAAAGCUUAUUUAGCUGCUCGAGAAGAUAGUGACCGAAGUGCUCAGAAAGCUAUUGCUGAUAAAACUUCCUCUGCACUGCUAGAUAGGGUGGAGACAAUGCUCCAGAAACUUGAAAAGGAAAUUGAUGAUGUCGAUAACAAGAUUGGCAACCGCUGGCGACUCCUGGACAGAGAUUAUGAUGGUAAGGUAAGCCCAGAUGAAGUUGCAUUGGCUGCGAUGUACCUGAAGGACACAUUGGGCAAAGAGGGUAUCCAAGAGCUUAUCCAAAAUCUGUCUAAAGAUAAAGAUGGCAAAAUACUGGUGGAAGACUUAGUGAAGUUAGCGAGCGAGAUUGAAGAUGCUGAAGCUGAAGAAACAGACGAGCCUACAACCAAGUCUUGAGAUUGUUUGUUUUUGUGUCAUAUAGACGAAACCUUCUUUUUUCAUGGUUCAUGUUUUUGUCUACUAGUAAAGAAAAGAGAAGAACAUUCAUAUUCAGAGGAAAUAUAUCAUAAUAAGUCUCUUGACACAUUUUUUGUUUUCAACAUUACUGGUUUCUUCAUGAAGCUUGGUCUCCUUUAGAAGGGCUUUUGGUAUUUUUUUGCAUCAUAUGUUGUAUUGGGCUUGCAAUUACCGAAUAACGUAAAUUCCAAG